AUGGCGAGGGUGGAGUGCAAAAGCAGCUAUGAAGAGUUCAACGUUCAGCUGAGACGGGAGGUCGUGAACGGGAAACCCACUAUUAGCAAAAUCAUCAUGAAGCUGGACGGCACAGUGGUGGAGCUCACUAAAGCUUCAAUCAGCAUCAACGGCCAACCUCUCUGGAAGAUGGACGGACCCACAGAAAGAUGCGAGGACGAACCUGUAGAAGAAUACACCGACUGUGGAGAUGAGAAUUUUUGCAGACAGCUGUUUCUCAGUAAGGCGUUCAGCAGCUGCACCCCCCUGUUGACUGUCGAUCUGUUUGUGAAAGCAUGCAUGGAGGAUCUCUGCCAGUGCAACGCAACUACACACUCUUCCUGCUUGUGUGAUACUGUGUCAGAGUAUUCUCGUCAGUGUGUGCACUCAGGAGGGAGACCACAGAACUGGAGGACUGAUGUCUUCUGUCCCAAGUCAUGCCCACACAGCAUGGAGUACACAGAGUGUGGCAGUCCGUGUAUCGAUACCUGCUCGAACACCGAAAGAGGAGAAGUGUGUGGAGACCACUGCAUUGAUGGAUGCUUCUGUCCUCCAGGCACUGUGUGGGAUGAUGUCACCAACUCCAGCUGUAUUCCACUGAGUUCCUGUUCCUGUGUUCAUGGAGAUCAAAUUUAUGGGCCUGGGGAAAAUUAUACAACAAGCUGUGCAGAAUGCACCUGCUCAGGAGGUGAGUGGCAAUGUUCGAAUAAAGACUGCCCUGGUACAUGCUCCGUUUUAGGAGGAACGCACUUCAUAACAUUUGAUGAAAAAUCCUUCACCUUUAACGGGGAUUGUACGUACGUCCUUGCCAAGGACUGCACAGGCAGUGAUUUUACCAUCCUGGGUGAUUUGGUGAAAUGCGGCCUGUCAGACACUGAGACCUGUCUGAGAUCAGUCACCGUCGCGCUGUCACAAGGCACUAAGCUGGUCCGAGUGGACUCAUCUGGGAAUGUUGAAGUGGACAAGAUUUUCACACAGCUUCCACUUUUUACAGCCGAAGUGAGCAUCUUCAAGCCAUCUUCAUUCUUCAUCAUCAUCCAGGCUGUCAACUCCAAAGUUGUUCUGGAGAUCCAGCUCGUUCCCAUCAUGCAGGUUUUCAUCACACUGAAUCCAGCUCUUCAAGGAAAAACAUGUGGACUCUGUGGCAAUUUCAACAACAUUCAGUCGGACGAUUUCACCACGGCUGGUGGACUCAGAGAGGGAACGGCGGUGGCUUUUGCCAACACAUGGAAGACCCGAGGAAGCUGCAGUAAUAGGCAGAGAUCCUUCGAGAACCCGUGCAGUUUGAGCACUGAAAAUGAGAAAUACGCAGAUCACUGGUGCUCCCUUCUAUCAGAUCCAUCUGGAGCUUUUGCCCCCUGCCAUUCAAGAAUCAGCCCUGGUUUAUACAAACAGAUGUGUGUACAUGACACGUGUAACUGUGAGAGGUCAGAGGACUGCAUGUGUGCUGCGCUGUCUUCAUACGCACACGCAUGUGCAGCUAAAGGGAUCGUCCUUAAAGGCUGGAGAGACAACGCUUGCAGCAACCACAAGGUGUGCCCGAGCACAUUAGUUUACUCUGAUCACAUGACCAGCUGUCAGCGCACAUGUCGCUUCAUUGGGCAGACUGACUACUCCUGUGGUGUUGACUUUGUGCCAGUGGAUGGCUGCGGCUGUGACGCGGACACCUACAUGAAUGAAAAUGGAAAGUGUGUUAAGGCAGAGGAAUGCCCAUGUUAUGACUCAAACACAGUCGUUCAGCCCGGAGACGUCAUUAGCAAAGAUGGCACCACAUGCAUAUGUAAGCAAGGCAUUCUGAGCUGCAUGGGUGUGCUGUAUGUGCAAGAAUGUGUUCCCCCAAUGAAAUAUUUCAACUGCUCAAACUCUGCUCCUGGAAGCACCGGCUCUGAAUGUCAGAAAAGCUGUCAAACACUGGACAUGGCCUGUAUCAGCACAGGAUGUGUAUCCGGCUGUGUGUGUCCCCCAGGCCUGGUCUCUGAUGGACAAGGUGGUUGUAUUCCUGAACAAAACUGUCCAUGCGUCCAUAAUGGAGUCAAUUAUCAACCUGGCGAGACUGUUAUUGAUGGCUGCAACACAUGCACAUGCAAGGACAGAAGAUGGCAGUGCACCAAAGAACAGUGCAAGGCAACAUGCACUGUCUAUGGAGAUGGACACAUCACAACCUUUGAUGAAAAGCAAUUCAUGUUUAAUGGAAACUGUGAAUACGCCCUUGCUCAGGAUUUCUGCAGUGGCAGUAGCGCCAGUGGCACUUUCAGAGUCAUCACGGAAAACAUUCCCUGUGGCACGACUGGCACCACCUGCUCCAAAGCCAUCAAACUCUUCAUAGGCAGCAAUGAGCUGAUCCUCUCAGAUGGAACAUACCAAGUGGUACAGAGAAGCAAUGGAGAUGAAAUCCCGUACCAGAUUCGCACCAUGGGAAACUACCUGGUGGUUGAAACCAAUAACGGCGUGAUGCUCAUAUGGGACAGAAAGACAUCAAUCUACAUUGUGCUCAGUCCUAAAUUUAGGGGAAACGUGUGCGGUCUGUGUGGAAACUUUGACGGAAACGCCAAUAAUGACUUCACCACGAGAGGCCAAGAAGUUGUGGUUAACCCUCUCACCUUUGGAAAUAGUUGGAAAGUGUCUCCCACUUGUCCAGAGACAUUGACCGUUCAAGACCCGUGCACUAACAACCCCUACAGAGAGGCCUGGGCACAGAAACAGUGCAGCAUCAUAAACAGCGACACUUUUGCAGCCUGCCAUUCACAGGUGGAACCAUCUUCUUAUUAUUCUGCGUGUGUGAGUGAUUCAUGCGCUUGUGACAGUGGAGGAGAUUGUGAGUGUUUUUGUACUGCAGUGGCAGCCUACGCUAAGGCCUGUAGUGCUGCUGGAGUGUGUGUUUCCUGGAGAAGCCCGAAAAUCUGCCCACUGUUCUGUGAUUACUACAACCCCCCUGGCGAGUGUGAGUGGCACUACAAACCUUGUGGUCACAACUGUAUGAAGACCUGCAGGAACCCCACAGGAAAGUGCACAAUGCAGACUCCGGCACUGGAGGGUUGCUAUCCCGAAUGCCCAGAUGAUCUCCCCUUGUUUGAUGAGGAUAACAUGAAGUGUGUGGCACAAGAUGAGUGUGGCUGCUACGUUGAAAUGCUACGCUAUGACAUCAGACAAUCAGUCCCUGCUAAAAAGAACUGUCAGACAUGUGAGUGUACGUCAAAGGGAGUGAGCUGCAAAUAUAAUGUAAAAGCUUGUACAUGCCAACAUAAUAACACAAUGUACAAGUAUAGAGACAUCAUUUACCACACGACAGAUGGACUUGGAAACUGCAUUAUUGCUAUAUGUGCUGAGGACGGAAACAUUAAUAAGACAGUGGAACCUUGUAAAACAACUGUUGCCCCAACAGUACCAACAACAACACAAAAGCCAACAACUGUGUUUGUUUUUACCACACCAGGUGUGUAUGCAAAGACGAUUGAGAAUUAG